AUGGAUAAAAUCUACCGCGAUUCCGUUGCCGCCGGCCUCCCAGAUAUCGCCUGUUCUUCAGCACAGGCCAAGUUUCUCAAGCUACAAGUCCAGCUUUGCAAUGCCACCAAUGUUCUCGAAGUCGGUACACUAGGUGGUUACAGCGCGGCAUGGAUGGCAUUAGCGGGGCCAACCGUUAAGGUAACGACGAUAGAGAUAAACAAGGAGUACGCUGCUGUGGCAUCGGACAAUCUUACAGGAGCGGGCUUAAAGGAACAAGUUGAGAUCCUUCAGGGUGCUGGCCUCGACAUUCUUCCGUUAUUGGCGACCCAAGUUGAAACUGGAGAACGACCGCCGUUUGACUUUGUCUUUAUCGAUGCGAAUAAGCAAGACAAUCUCGCAUACUUCAAUCUGGCAGUCUGCAUGACAAGUCCCAAUACAGCUAUCAUCGUAGACAACGUUGUUCGGAACGGCAAGGUUGCUUCUGCCGAUGAAGCUAAGAAAGAUGAUCGCGUCUUAGGCACUAGACAACUCAUAGAAGCGAUUGGGAAGGAUGACCGUGUUGACGCAACGGUGAUUCAAACAGUUGGGGAGAAGAACUACGAUGGAUUUCUCCUCGCCAUUAAAAAAUAA